UGCGCGCCCUUACAGGAAGAACGAUUCCCAGGUUACAGUGUCGAAAUGGCUGCGUUUUCGAAUUUGCACAAAUGUGUAGUGUCACAAACAGGAAAACACACAGCGACUGUUAUCUUCUUACAUGGCUCAGGUGACAGUGGCCAGGGAAUCCGAACAUGGAUUUGUGAUGUGCUGAAACAAGAUCUUGCUUUUCAGCAUAUACGAGUAAUUUAUCCAACAGCACCUUUAAGGCCAUACACCCCAAUGAAAGGGGCUCAGUCAAAUGUGUGGUUUGACAGAUACAAAAUUUCAAAUGAUUGCCCAGAACACCUUGAAUCGAUUGACUCCAUGUGCAAGGUGCUUGGGGAUUUGGUUGAUGUGGAGGUCAAAGCCGGUAUUUCCAAGAACAGGAUACUAAUAGGAGGUUUUUCAAUGGGAGGAGCCAUGGCACUGCAUUUAGCUUUUCGAUUUCAUCCACAAGUAGCAGGUGUCUUUGCUUUAUCCAGUUUCUUGAACAAGGACUCUAUUGUUUACCAGGUACUCCAGAACAGCGAAGCACCUCUUCCUGAACUUUUCCAGUGCCAUGGAAAGGCUGAUAAUCUGGUGCUAUACCAGUGGGGUGAAGAGACCAAUGCUUUGUUAAAAUCUUUAGGAACGAGAACUUCAUUUCACUCUUUUCCAAAUCUAUACCAUGAGCUCAGCAGGCCUGAGCUGGAACAACUGAAGUCAUGGAUUUUAAAAAAACUGCCAUAAAAUGCUGAACAAACUUUUGUAACCAAACUCACUGGAAACAUUAAUAAAGUUGAAGUUGAGUAAGGAACCCUGGGACAUUUA